GCCUCAGUCGCCAUGUGUCAGCCUGAACGCUCCCAUUGGCUGCAGACUGUGAGAACCUCCAGCAAACUCCAGACUCACACAUUCAUAUGGAGAUUUGGGAGUAUAAAUGGAGGAGCGAGGAGAGGGAGUUCAGCACAGCUCAGGUCUGAUCCUAACAGAGAUCUGAACACAAGACACACAGCCAUGGCUCCUACAAUCACUGGAUCAAUCAUCAGCAGAGAACAACUUCCAAUCACAAACAAGCUGAGAAAGCCAAUAGUGGAGAAGAUCCGCAGAGAACGUAUCAACGGCAGCAUUGAGAAGCUCAAGUCUCUUCUGGGUCAAGAGUUCCUAAAGCAACAGCCCGACUCCAGACAGGAGAAAGCUGAUAUCCUGGAGAUGACGCUUGAUUUCUUGAGACGCUCCCAGGAUCCCUCAGGCUGCUCUAAUGCAGCUCAUGACGGACACUCCAGAUGUGUGCAGGAGGCCGUCAACUUCCUGUCUCAGUGUCCAGUGCAGACUCAGUCCCACAGAAGACUUCUGAAGCACUUCCUGCACAUGCAGCCGUCCACAGAGAACAACACUCAUCAGCUCCAUUCACCAGACGCAAAGAGCAGCAGCAAAGAGGAAACUCUGGCGCUCUGGAGACCCUGGUAGAGACACCAGGACCGUAUGAUUUAUCAGACAGAAUUCAUAAUGCCAGUCUGAGAUUGGCAUGGACUGUAAUUCUAAUGUAGGAAUUGAUUUCCGCCUCUGCAGCUUCUGCAGGAUCUUUAAUCUGCUUUCAGAGAAAGUGGCUGUUUUAUUGAAACUGUGUGACCAGUAAUAUUUGAUCAGAAUGUACAGAAUCAUUUGCUGUGUAAAAUGAUUAUUAUAUUCCUGAAAAA